AUGGCAGGACACGAUGACUAUGCAGGCCCCGCCCGGGAUGCUGAAAAAUUGUGGGGGAAAGGAGACUACGGGGGCGCUCUUGACUGCUACACAGCUGCAAGACUGGCUUUUCUCGAGACCUAUCCUGGGGGAGUAGCCGACCCCAUUCUUUUGGAGCUCAAAAUUGGGGCGGCGCGGUGUCUGGAACAACUUGGUCACCUCGAAGAAUGCGUUGAUCUGGAUUCUGAAGUUCUGAAUGAGCAGGAGAAGCUCCUUAAACCCACUGAUGAGAAUCUUCUCAUGUUGCGAGAAACUCUUGCUGCAAACAAUACCCAGCUAGGCAAGCACGAAGCAGCUUUGUCAUUGCUACAGGCCAAUUUGAAGGUACUCGAAUCACCGUACUACGGCCUGGAGCAUGAAUGGACUUUGCAGACUAAGUGCACUCUAGCAAUGGAGAUGUCUUCUGUGGGCGAGCACCAUCAGGCACUCAUCUUGCUGGAGAAAACGUUAUACGUGAUGGCUGCAAAGCAUUUUCCACAUGAAGCUCAAGAAAUGGUGAGAGCGGGUAUCAGGAUGGUUCAAGAUACUCUGAAGAAAUGUGCGGCCAAUGAAGCAAAGGACCGUGCGAUUUUGUCCGAGAAACUCUCAAGCGCACCAGAAUUGCAACCGCCCACAUCCUCGAAACAUCAGGAAACGACAACCAAGAAGAAAGAUUCUUUAGCCAAGGAUGAAACACCAUCAAAGAUCUCAAAAACACCAUCAGCCGUUCCAGAAUCAGCAAAAGAGAAGGGCUCCCAAGAAUUGACCAAAAGUCAAAUGUACAACAGGGAAAAUCAAAAUCAGCAGAAACCAAGCAAAGCCAAGCCUAUCACGGACAGAACACGGUCCCGUGCUGGUUCGUGCGGUCCCUCGAUUCAGCCAGUUAUCCAGCCAGUUAUCCAGCCAGUUAUUCAGCCAGUUAUUCAGCUGGAGAAAGGGGCCAUCUGUCACAAUGAAGAUGGAGAUGAACGGGAUAUGUCAUCCGAGAGGUGGUUGAGAGAAAUCGAGACCUUUGUACAUUCAUGGAUGCCGCAAUCCAAAGUCAAUGACAAAAUUCGGAUCGCCAUAUUGGAUACUGGGAUUGAUCUCGGCCAUCCCUACUUCGAUGAGAAAUAUCGCAAGGGAAGCACUAAAUCUCGACGUGAGAUAGUCGAAGAAUGCAAAAGUUUUCUGCCGGGGAAGAAAGGAGAUGAAGAUGCACAUGGGCACGGAACUCAUGCUGCAUCGCUACUUCUGCGUCUUGCGCCCAACGCGAAGGUCUACGUAGCCCGCGUGAUUGAUGACGAUGGCAAAAUUGGUAAUCCCGACGCUGUGGCAAAGAGGCUGAUUUUGGAGGCCAUCGACUACGCUAGUGAUCCCGACCACUGGGGCGUUCAUAUUAUAAGCAUGUCUUUGGGAUUUAAAAACAUACCGGAAUCGGUGGAACGCGCUAUCAAAAAGGCCACAAUGGUUCGAGAAGUCUUUAUCUUCGCAGCAGCUUCCAACAACGGCCCGACCGACGAUUACUCGGUGACAUAUCCCGCCAGGGCGAUGAUGGUAUUUCCCGUCUUCGCUGCAUCAUCCCAGGGUGACCUUCAGAAAUUCAAUCCAAACCAUGAACACAAGAAAGGGCUCAGUACCCUUGGCGUGAAUGUCACUGGGCCUUGGACUCGACAUGGUAGCAAAGAGAAAGCCCCGACCAGCUGUCGGUCAGGAACUUCCAUCGCGACGCCUAUUAUGGCAGCAUCGGCUGCGUUGGCACUUCAGUUCAUCUAUCAGAAACCGCCGUUGGAAAUCGAGGGAUUAAACCGACUGAAGGGCAUCGAUGGCAUGCAUGAGUUGCUGUCGUUGAUGAUCCCACUGUAUGCGAGAGAAACACCGUACUUUAUCAAGCCUGGAGCGUGGCUACGAAGCAAGAAGUACGCAGAUAAGAAAGUGGUGGAGAAGAUUCAGCAUAUUUGGUAUGGGCAGAUUACAUGA